GAAGCAGCUUCGGGAGCUUCGGCUUCUGAUUUUUUCUCUCCUGCCUCGGGAACCCCAAAACCGCCACCGUGUCUCGCCAGAGGGCCAAGAUGUCCAAGGUGGCCAAGUACCGGCGCCAGGUCAGUGAGGACCCGGACAUCGACAACCUGCUGUCCACGCUGUCCCCGGAGGAGAUGGAGGAGCUGGAGAAGGAGCUGGAUGUGGUGGACACCGAGGGGAGCGGCCCCGCCGAGAAGAACCAAGCGGAAAACUCCUCCCCCGGCCCCCAGAACUGCGACCCGGAGCUGAACCACCACGGCAGGGAGCCCAGGAGGGUCCUGCGCAGGGAGCAGGCCGUGGAUGAAACCAGGCUGAGCGAGAGCAAAGGAGACAAAAAUGAAGAAGAAAAGGGAAAGGAAACUCCCCCCAAAGACCUGGCCCAGAAACGAGACCCCAAAGUGGGCAAAGACUCCAAAAAGGAGGAAAGUGUUCAGAAAACAGAGCCCAAAGGUAAAGCUGAGCCUGAGCCCAAGAGCAAAGAGAGCAAAGCCAUGAACGAUAAAGUGAAGGCCAUGGAGAAAAAGCUGAUGGGGAAGGACAAGAAGGAGGAAGAGAAGAGCUCAGUGCUGAAGAAGGACACGGGGAAGGACCACAAGGAGGAAGAGAAGAGCUCAACGUUGAAGAAGGAGGCAGGGAAGGAUAAAAAGGAGGAGAAGGGCUCUUAUGUAAAGAAUAAGGAUGCAGGGAAGGAGAAAAAGGAGGAAGAGAAGGGCUCAGCAGCAAAGGAUACAGGGAAGGACAAAAAGGAAGAAAAGGUUUCAGCAUCCAAGAAGGACACCGGGAAGGACAAAAAGGAGGAGGAGAAGAGCUCAGAACCAAAGGGACAGGUGGAGAAAGCCACGGGAGGGGAAGGGGAGAAAGACAAAGACAAAAAAGAAGAGGAAAAGGGUUCAGCUGGGAAAACAGCUAGGGCGGAGGAGAAGGAGAAACCCCGGGCAGAGGCAGAAAAGGCGGUGGCGGAGAAGCGGGAGGGCAAGGCGGGACCCCCCAAAGCCGCGGAACCGCCCAAGGACGACGAGGCCUCGAGCAUCUUCGACGAGCUCAUCGAGAAGGUGAAGAACAACGACGCCGAGGUGACCGAGGUGAACGUCAACAACUCCGACUGCAUCAACAACGAGACCCUGGUGCGCUUCACCGAGGCCCUGGAGUUCAACACCGUGGUCAAGGUGUUCGCCCUGGCCAACACCCGUGCUGACGACCACGUGGCCUUCGCCAUCUCCAUCAUGCUCAAGUCCAACAAGGUGCUGACCAGCAUCAACCUGGACUCCAACCACAUCACGGGCAAGGGCAUCCUGGCCAUCUUCCGAGCGCUGCUGCAGAACGACACCCUGACCGAGCUGCGCUUCCACAACCAGCGGCACAUCUGCGGCGGCAAGACUGAGAUGGAGAUCGCCAAGCUGCUCAAGGAGAACACCACCCUGCUCAAGCUGGGCUACCACUUCGAGCUGGCCGGGCCGCGCAUGACCGUCACCAACCUGCUGAGCCGCAACAUGGACCGGCAGCGGCAGCGGCGCCUGCAGGAGCAGAAGCUGGCGCAGGAGAGGGGCGAGAAGAAGGACCUGCUGCAGGUGCCCAAGGCCGGGGCGCCGCCCAAGGGGUCCCCCAAGGCGUCCCCGCAGCCGCUGGAGUGCAGGGACAACCAGCGUGGCCAAGGGAAGGAGCUCAUGGAAUCCCAGGAUGGUUUGGAUGGGAAGGGACCUUAA